AUGGCAUCAUCCAACGUAUCACUGGUUGUCCGGGUUCCAGAAGGACAGCCUGAAUUGGUUAAAGAAGAACCUCCCCUACCAAUACCUGGGACUGGUCAAGUGCAAGUCAAGGUCGACGGAGCCGUGCUCGGAUGUGAUUUUGUUGGGGAAGUCACCAAGUUAGAGGACACAGUCACUCGACUUAACAAGGGUGAUAAUGUGGGGAAAUACCUGGGCUGGGCGGAUACAGUCAAUACACCAUCGCAGACCAACACAUUUCCUUUAAAGGUUCCUGCGAGCAUCUCACAAGAGAAGGCAAGCACCGUUCCUCUCGCUGCGGCAACAGUAUGGCUCGCCUUGUUCUCGAAGGACUGCUUGAAUAUUGAUCGCUCAAACGCCAAAGGUACCAGCGUCUUGGUAAGGGGUGGCAGCUCAAUCGUGUACGCCAUUCAGCUCGCCAUGAUCUAUGGCCUCGAUGUAAUCACGACUUGUCGUCCGCACAAUGAAGAUCUUGUCCGAUCCUGCGGCGCAAAAUAUGUCUUUGAUUACAAUGACCCGAAUGUGAUUGUAAAGAUCACCGAGGUCGCUCUCAUUCUUCGGUUGGAUCGCAAUGCUAAGCAUGAUCAGGCUUCGAAUGAUGACCAUGAGUUGGCCAGCGAACUGUUCGAGAAUCUGCCCUCGUGGUUGGAACAAGGCCUGGUCAAGCCAAACAAGGCUAAAGUCUUGGGUUGGAUUCUGUACCCCAAGGAUUCCAGGGUUGAGCAAGACAUAAUUCUGGGUUCCUAA